AUGAUGCUAUUAAUCACCCCAAUCACCGAUCGUUUGUAUGUGUCCCAUGUAUGGGUUAUGAUUUCAAGCGUGGCAAUAAUAUUCUUUUAUUGCCAUUUUGGUAACGAAUUAACGACAACGGCCGCCGAAAUUCCUUCUGCUCUUUACGAGUGCGAAUGGAUUGGCUGCAGCAAGUCUUUUAAGACAAAUGCAUUAAUAAUUAUGGAACGUAUGAACAAACCGGUUUAUCUCACAAUUGCUGGAAUUUCACCUAUAACACUUGAUACUUUUAUUCAGAUUUGCAGACUUGGCUAUUCUAUCGUUGCUGUAUUAAAGAGAGCACAAUAGAGAACAAAAUAGGAUUACAAGAAAAUCUUAUUGCUUGAUACCAAAAAAGCUUUAGAAUUUAUUGCAUUAUAUUGCACGAUUACUAGUAUCAGACAGUAACUUAUUAGGAUGUGGUACCUAUCGAUAAUUUCCUUUG